AUGGGCGAGCUAGAAGUCGAACCACUCGAUCAUGAAAUUUCCCCAACCGAGCAAAAGCCUUUGGCAACAUGGCGUCUGUCACUGAUUUUGUUCAGUCUGUGCGUAGGGCUGAUGCUCUCCAUGAUGGACAAUUCCAUUGUCUCAACAUCUCUUUACACGAUUUCAAUGGAGUUUGGCUCCCUGGCGGAAGGAAUCUGGACCGUCUUAGCAUACACAUUAUCUUAUCUUGGAUUCGCAGUGAUUUUUGCUCAGCUGAGUGACUUUACUGGUCGCAUGUUCGCCGUGCUGGGCGCAUUUACUGUCUUUAUCGCUUUCUCCAUUGGCUGUGGAUUCGCGCAAUCGCUGCACCAGCUUAUCAUUUUUCGAACGUUUCAGGGUGUAGGUGGCUCAGGGCUGUAUGCACUGACUCUUAUCAUCGCUUUGGAGUUGAGUACAUCUAAGACGUGGCCUGUUAUUUCGGGACUGGUCGGGGCCACAAUUGCCAUUGCCGGUGUUCUCGGGCCAAUCUUGGGUGGAAUAUUGACCGAAUAUGCCUCGUGGAGAUGGAUCUUCUGGAUCAAUGCCCCUUGUGGCGUGGUGCCCAUGAUAAUCUUCGCCAUUGCUUGGCCGAAAGGCCAAUCCCACGACCAUGCUAUUCGCAAACAGAUCACUCAAUUCGAUUUGCUCGGAAGCUUGCUACUCCUCGCAGCCUCGGUCUUAGUAGUUUUUGGUCUUCAUGAGGCCGGCACAGGAACCUAUGCGUGGGGCAGCUCUGUGACUGUUUCGACACUAGUGAUCGGUGGCCUUUGCUGGGUAGCCCUUUUCACAUGGUCGUUUGUUCUUUCGCGGCCACGAUGGUCUCAAAUUGCCGCCAUAUACCCAUGGGAUCUGUUCUCAUGCCGUGUGAUGCUCGCUGGAAUCAUAUCAACUAUGUUCACAGGCUUCACCUUCUUUGUUGUUAUCUUCAAUCUGCCCCUUCGCUCUCAGAUUGUUAAUGGCCUGUCGCCAGCUGCUGCAGGUGUGCGUUUACUUCCUUUGCUUUGUGCGACGGCUGUAGGUUCAUUCCUGGGCGGAGCGGCAUCAAGCAAGAAGAAUCGAACUUUCCACACGUUUGCUAUCGCAACUGCCUUUGUGAUUCUUGGUGCUGGAUUGCUCUCGACUAUUCCUGCUGACUUCAAGAUCCCAGGCAAGGUUUAUGGAUUUGAGGUGGUUGUCGGGUUUGGAAUUGGGUUGACAUUCUCAACAAUCAGUUUGUUGACGACAAUUCAAACAACUGCCCACCUGCACGGUAUGUUCUUAUCCUAUCAUGAGUUCCAGCCCCUCUCUGACAAUAUAAAACCAGCCGUGGCUCAGGGAAUUGUGUCUCAAGUUCGUGUCCUCGGUGGUAGUAUUGGAAUUGCAGCUGCAAAUGCUCUAUUUCGCGUCCAAUCACAUAAAGAGCUGCAAGGUAUUUUGACUGAAGAGCAAAUUGGCGCACUACAGACGUCCACUAAGAUUUUGAACACCCUGGAUGCUCCUGAAGCUCAAGCAGUACGACAGACAUACUCAGACGCCUUCAGUCAGAGUAUGCGGGUGUGUACUUACAUGGCAGCAGUGGCUUUCAUAGCUGCAUUGUUCACAUGGCAGCGAAAUCCUCCACACAAGAAACAUUAA